AAAAAUACCGCGUUCAAACGUGCGUUGUGUAGUAACUGACGACGCGUGGACACGGCUAGUGGUUGAAAUAAGCAUUUCUAACAUUUUGUGCCAACUUACGUCGACACCGCCGGCACAAACCGUCGAACCUUCGAAAUAAGAGCACAAUGUUUUCCGCGCUUUUUACCACUACGACAACAGUUAGCUUAGCUUCAAAUACUAUUUACUCCGCCGAAUCCCUCAACCACUAUAAAAGCUGUCGAGUCGGCUCGCACUGUUCGCGAGGGAUUCCCAAAUCUACACGAAACGACCAACUGCCCUAAGAAGUGAUUUUAACGUAUCUACGACACUGCUGUUAGCAUUAGCAUGACCGUUGGGCCUGCUCAGGAAGCGGGCGCGAGCUUUUAUUUUCCAAAACCUGCUUUUUCACCUUACCUGUCAAAGCUGCUGAUUCAGAGAAUAAUACCUGCUGAUAAGUGAUUAUAUAGAUGAUGGAUUGGGUUUUUUUAGACUGUCGUUAUGCUCCCAAAAACUCACUUUUUCAUUCAUAAAUAUCUCCACUAGAGAAAGCUACGAUUUAAGAGAUAAAGACGAGAUGGUGAAGCUGACAAAAUACUGACACUCUGACGUUGGAUUUUCACCAGCAGAGAUGGCUCACGUCACCAACCACGGGAAGCUGCUCCUGCAGCGCCUCCAUCAGCAGCGAGAGAUGGACUUCUUGUGCGAUAUAACCAUAAUGGUGAGAGACGUGGAGUUCAGGGCCCACCGCAACAUCCUGGCUGCGUUCAGCAGGUACUUCUCCGCGCAGGCUGAAAAGGGCCAGGAGGUCACGACCUUGGACCCCGACAAGGUCAGCCGCUACGCUCUGGAGAAACUCCUGGAGUUCAUCUACACCGGACAGAUGAACCUCAGCAGCACCAGACAAGCGGCGGUGCGCCGAGCGGCCGUGUUCCUGGGAAUGUCCGAGGCCACGAAGUUUCUGGAGGAGACCUCCCACUGGUCCGAGCUGAGCGAGACCUCCCAGUCCGAUGCGGAUAAAGAAGCUGGUCUCUCUCCUCCCAGUCCAGCCUCACAUGGCAGCGCCGGCUCCCCCGUCCCCCUGUCUAUCAUCUCCAUUACGGGGGACUAUCUUACGGACGCCGGCGCUGGCAACAACGUGGGCGAGGAGCCGAAAGGUGGAGAUGGAGAUAGGGAGGAGGGAGAGAAAAGUGAUGGUGAGUACAGCCCGGCUACGCCAAAGGGGAUCGGGAGAGGACAGGGAAGGAAGAGGGGCAGACCUCCGAAGAGUUUGAGCGGCGAUCAGGCGGAGCCGAGCAGCUCGGUUGAAGGCACCCCCAAAACCAUGGGCUACAGAGGGAGGGGGAGAGGCAGGGGGAGGGGCAGGGGGAGGGGGAGAGGCAGAGGAAGGGGGAGAGGGGGAUUCAAAAGUGAAGAUCUGACUUUGGAAGAUUCUGAUGGGAGCGUGAAGGAUUUAGGGGACACCUCCGAGGACUGGAGCCCCUCUCUGGAGGACGAGACUCCGUCCAAGAAGCCUCGGCUGAGCGGCGGGGAGGGACGGAGGGGGCGAGGGAGGGGGAGAGGCAGGGGAAGAGGAAGGGGGCGAGGACGGAGGAUAAAGGAGGAGGAGGAGGAGGAGGAAGACGAGGAGAGCGGCGGGGCGGGGACGGACGACGGCGAGCUAGAGGGGGCGGAGCCCGGGGAACAGGAUCCGUCGGAAAUGGACGAGAUGUCGCUGUCGUGCACCGAGUGCAACAAACUGUUCAAAGACGUGAGCAGCCUGCGCCGACACGAGAAGAUCCACAAGGGCCUGAAGCCCUUCGUCUGCAUCUUCUGCUCCAAGAACUUCAGACAAGCCACCCAGCUGAAAACACACCUGCGCAUCCACACAGGCGAGAAGCCGUUCAACUGCUCCAGCUGUGACAAGUGUUUUGCCCAAAAGUGUCAGCUGGUCGCUCACCGCCGGAUGCACCACGGAGAGGAGAAGCCGUACACCUGCGAGCGCUGCGGAUUCAAGUUCGCCACCUCGUCCAACUACAAAAUACACAUCAGGCUGCACAGUGGCGAAAAGCCGUACGUCUGUGACAUCUGUGGUCAGGCGUUCGCUCAGUCGAGCACGUUGACCUAUCACAAGCGCCGACACACCGGAGAGAAACCCUACCAGUGUGAUCUGUGCGGCAUGUCCUUUUCCGUCUCUUCUUCUCUCAUCGCUCACGCACGAAAACACACAGGUGAGACACCGUACAAAUGUUCGCAGCCGCAAUGUGACGCAAGCUUUGUGACGUCCUCCGAGCUGAAGAAACACAUGAGGCGCCUUCACCCAGAGGGGAACAACGGUGUCCAGUGUCUGCUGUGUGGAAACAGGUUUGCCAGCGUGAAGAACAUGAUCAAACACCAGGAGAAGGCUCACGCUGAUGAAGUGAGGCAACACAAGGAGAGGGCCAGAGCAGCCGCCAACGCCACAGACGCCGACGCCGCCGCCGCUGCUGCUGCUGACGCAACCGCCGCCGCCGCCGCCAACAUGCAGGACUUCAAGGCGGAGCCGGCCAACCCCACCAUGACCUACGAACCCGACCAGGAGCAGACCAUCAACUCGGACACGCUCCACGCUCUGGUGGAGCAGCUGAGGCCGCAGCCCUCCUCCGCCCCCCAGAGCCUGGAGCAGAUCGUCAUCAUCAGGACCGUGGACAACCCUCCGCAGCAGUGA